AUGAUCUUCACUGCAGAGCAGGUGGCCUGUGUGUGCGAGGUCCUUCUGCAGAGCAGUUGCAUGGAUCGUCUCGCCGGCUUUCUCUGUAGUCUUCCUCCUCCUUCCCUCUCCUCCUCUCCUCACCCUGGGGAGCUGGAGAGCGUGCUGAAGGCCAAAGCAGCAGUGGCCUUUCACCAGGGCCGCUUCGCUGACCUCUAUACCCUGCUGGAGGGCUUCCCCUUCUCCCACCGCAGCCACCCUCUCCUGCAGCAGCUCUGGCUCAGAGCCCACUACAUGGAGGCGGAGAGGCAGAGGGGCCGACCCCUGGGAGCUGUGGGGAAGUAUCGCGUGAGGAGGAAGUUUCCUCUACCACACACCAUCUGGGACGGAGAGGAGACCAGUUACUGUUUCAAGGAAAAAUCACGGAGUAUACUGCGUGAGUGGUACCGCCAUAAACCUUAUCCCUCCACCCGGGAGAAGCAGGAGCUGGCAGCGUCCACCGGCCUGACAACCACACAGGUCAGCAACUGGUUCAAGAACCGCAGGCAGAGGGACCGAAACAUGGACAUUAACGGUUUCCAAACAUCACACUCUGGAGGACCCUCAGGAGACGUCUACCCUUCCUCUGACAAUGACUUUUCACCUCCAGCAAGCCCAUGUCCCCUUCACCACUGCCCUCCACCUCCACCUCCACCUCCACCUCCACCCCUCUCUCACCCACCACCUCCUCUACAUCACAUGUGUGAAGGCCUCAACUGAAUCUGCCCUUCAAAUGUUUGAUUUGUAAUUUCUA